UGGCGCCAGGACCUCGGCGUGGCCAACUUUCCCCGCCAGCCUCCCCGCAAAGCCCCCCGGGAGCAGCGAGUGGCCGUCUGUGUCCUUCAGCAGCCGGGCUCCGAGACCGGCCUCUUCCUCCUGGUGCAGAGGCCAAAGUCAGGCCUAUUGGCCGGCCUCUGGGAGUUCCCCUCCGUGCCAGCCGAAGGCCCCGAGGCCCUCCAGCGCCAGGCCCUUGGGAAAGCCCUGAGGACCUGGGUGGAUCGUCCCCUUCCCCUGAAGAGCCUGCGGCACCUGGGUGAGGUGGUCCAUGUUUUCUCCCACAUCCGACAGACCUACGUGGUGUAUGGCCUGGCCCUGGCAGAACCCCUCCAGGGCCUUCCCCCCUCAGGUGCCCGCUGGGUGACCCAGACUGAGUUCCAGGCUGCAGCCGUCCCCACAGCCAUGAAGAAGGUUCUCCGGCUUUUUGAGGGCCAGCGCUCAGGCCAAGGGAAGGCCUCCAAAAGGUCCCAGGAUUCUGCUUCUAGCCGCCAGCUGACCCUCAAUGCCUUUCUCAAGCCAACUUCUACCCCCUGACUGGCCCCCCUGCCAGGGCCCCUGGCAGCUGCCCCUCUCCCUCUCCCUCCCACCUGGCUGCAGGUCAGCAAUGAGAUUCUUGUUGUGUAAAUAAAGCUGCUUUUUUAAAGACUC